UCCCUCUCUGUGAAUAACACCGCUUCGAGGCAGAGCAAGAAGGCUGAAGAUGACGACGACGACCUACUCGAUAGCCGGGACCGCGUGGAGGACAUUGCCAAGUUUCCCUACGUUGAGUUCACGGGUCAGGACAGCAUCACCUGCCCCACUUGCCAAGGCACUGGCUGCAUCCCCCCAGAGCAAGUAAACGAGUUGGUGGCUCUGAUACCCUACAGUGACCAGCGGCUCCGGCCGCAGAGGACGAAGCUUUACGUCCUGCUCUCGGUGCUGCUCUGCCUCCUGGUGUCGGGGCUGGUGGUUUUCUUCCUCUUCCCACGCUCGGUCCUGGUGGACGAUGACGGGAUUAAAGGCGUUCAGGUUUGGUUCGACAAGAAGAACUCCAUCAUCGUCCUCACCAUCACGGCCACUUUACGGAUCAGGAACUCCAACUUCUACUCGGUGACGGUGACCAGCCUGACGAGUCAGGUGCAGUACAUGAACACCGUGGUGGGGAGCCAGCAGAUCACCAACGUCUCCAGCAUCCAGCCGCUGAGCAACCGACUGGUGAAUUUCACCGUGAAGGCGGAGCUGGGCGGACCCUUCUCCUACGUGUAUUUCUUCUGCACGUUUCCCAAGGUGAAGGUCCACAACAUCGUCAUCUUCUUGAGGACGUCGGUGAAGCUCUCGUACAUCGGGCACGUGACGCAGAGCGCGCUGGAGACGUACCGCUACGUGGAUUGCAUUUUUUUUCCCCGUCGCCCAGGACCCCCUGCUCCUGCCUCCCGCCUGACGCGGGGGGCACCCAAAGCCGAGAGCGAGCCCUGA